AUGGGUGACUAUACUACUGACUCGGCUUCCACAGGAUGUUGCAAGCAGAUUGUUCUUUGUCUGUCGGCGCACUUUCUAGAGCAUCUUGAGAAAGCGUGCAAGGUUGCGAUGGUCCGCUGCCGACCCAUACAACCUCUCCAGGAGAACGACUGGGGAAUUACUGGUGCACAACUUGAAAAAUACAUCAUAAAGGACAUCGAGAAUGGAUUGAUUCCAACCCAUUUCCACUGUACUCUUGGGACGUCAUCAAUUGCCGCUGAUGAUCACUUAGAAUCCAUUUGGCCGGUUGCUAAAAAGUAUGACAUGUGGAUCCAUUGUGAUGCCUCGUAUUCUGGAAACGCUUGGGUUGACAAGAAGUAUCGGGAGAACGCGUGA